UUCCCUGGAAUACUCUGUGCACAGACUUUGUCGGCAGUGCUGAAGGAACUUCUUCGUCGUUUUCAGUGUGUUUUAUAUUAAAUACCGAGUGACUUUUGCAUGUCAAGUGAGGAAAACGCAGUGUGUACACGUCACCGUGUCCUCCGACCAGUUUUACUCGUGAAAUGUGCUCUCCUCGAAGUGGACGGACCAGUGUUGUUUGAGAUUCAUCGUAACAGAUAAUCGCGUUGUCUCUGGUGCUUUCGUAGUUGCCCCUCCAAUCGCGAUGGCCAGCUCCGCGUACUUCGCCAGCAGCGAGUCGGACUACUGGCCUUAUCAAUCGUCAAUCGGUGAUCGAUCCGGCGAACAGGUUAUGUAUCCUGAUAGCGGGUAUCACGCAACGCAUCAGCAGCUGCACUCCAGCUCGAAUUACACUCAGAGAGCGAACCAGGAGCUCUCGCCCCCUUCCAGCCUCCUGGAGACUCUUCUGCGUCAUGGGAAAGAGGCAAUCGCAGAGGGUUAUGCUAAUUCGACCGGGAAACCCGUGACGUCGCCGCCUGCACAGAGUAUUCCUUACGUUUCUUGCCAAACUCCACCGUAUACACCGACGUCCUCGACGGAUAGAACCUCGCCUAUCGCGGCGUACCUGGCGGAUACUCAGGAUCGUGUUCAACAGCCGGAAACACGAAAUAGAUACUUGCAGGGCUAUCAAGCCUACCCCGCGCAGCCGCAUUCCAGCAGCUGCGUGACACCCUCGAUAGUGACACCAGGUUCACCGACCGAUUAUAGCGUUCAACAGGGAUACGGUAGCUAUGUGAAUAAUAAUAAUGAUGGGAAGCAAAGCCCUAAUGAGGCUGAGUACGCGGAAGAUCAGGCGCAACGACAGGUGGACUAUCCAUGGAUGAAGUCUUCUUACUCCAGUGGGGACACGAAUGGCGGUGGGCAUAAACGAACACGACAGACCUACACGCGUUUCCAGACCCUCGAGUUGGAAAAGGAAUUCCACUUUAAUCGGUACCUCACCAGAAGACGUCGCAUAGAAAUAGCGCAGGCUCUGUGCUUGACCGAGCGCCAGAUUAAAAUCUGGUUCCAGAAUCGGCGCAUGAAAGCGAAGAAAGAUGGCAAACUGAGUUACAACGGGCUGGAAACGAAUAUGGAGGACAUCGUAUCCACCAGUCAAAGUGGAUCGCCCAUUGAAGGUCUAUUGGCCACGGGGACAACGACAACUCCAACGACUACCAUGAUGCCCAUCGGACAAGCUACCACGUCCAUUCAGCAUACUUCCGCGAUGCCUGAGCAUCAUCUUCACGAAGCUUAUCUUCAGUAUCGCCAUCAGCAACAUAACAUGUAUGACGGUCAUGGUUACUUCCAGAAGCAAACGUAUGGGAGUCAAAUGCCUAAGCUCCAGCAUCAUGCCGAAUCCUGAACACGUUGGAUCAGUAUUGAAAAUAAGACUGCUUAAUAUAAUUUUGUAGGUAUAUUGGUUACUUGGGAAUUAAUUUUGAGAUUAACUUUAAAAGCCAUCAGUGAUCCUCCAUGGCAAUCAACGUGUUAACCCUUUUCUGAUCACAAAAACACUCAAACUAGUCGAAGAUACCUCAAACACGGACUAGCCAGCUAAAGAACCUACAUUUCCACGGGCAAUUCAGAGUGCAAGCGUCAAAUAGAUAAGAGACAACUAGAAGAAAGGAAAUUACAGGCAUCGCACGACAAAGUUCGACCUUUACGGUGCAUCGUGAGCAGGGAAUGCCGUUCGGGACAAGAUCGGGCCAGCUGACCCUGCAACCACUAUGAUUUAUGGCUGAACGAGCUAAACAGCCGAGCAUCCUGCGGCUCAGGUAUCCCGAAAGCGCGGUCGUUCACGCCGUAUUUCGCUUGCCACGGUCCGCUUCAAUCGGUUCGCGCUACAACACGCCCGGCCACUCUUUCCAGUACCGCGUACGAAGUUUCAAAAAUAUUUUGACUCGUCCGCUGAAAAUUCAUACUCGGCUGAUUAAUGACGAUGACUCGGCGAUCGUCGCGUUUCCACUUUCGUCACGGUCGCUUUCUGGAAGAGAUUUGCGCGAAACGGGAGAAGCUGAUGGACGCUGAAAGAACCUGAAGAAAGAGAGGAAGAAGUUAUCGUUGGAACUAGCAUAAAAUUCAAAGUCAAACGUAAGAAUGAAAAGAACAAUGUUUAUAAUCGAGUGGAAACUUACCGAUAUCUUGAUGCGAACAGGGCGACAACUUGGGGAGUCGAAAAGUUAAGGGAUGAAGAAGAGUGGGGGGCGCUCAGCAGCUGCGCUGUUCACACGCAACAAGAUGGCUGAAAACGUUCCUCGUGCGUGCAACAGCGGUCUUAAUUCUUUUUUUCCUUUUAACGAUCCUUCCAGUUUAACUUGCAAUCGUAAUAAUUAGUUCGCAGCGUCGAAUUUGUGUCGCCCUCGAAUUGCAAGUUGGAGUUGCUCGAAGAACAAUAAGUGCGUAAUCGUUGAAUUUUAUAGAUCGUCCAAACAAGAUCAUCAAGGUCUAUAAACUUGUGCGAAUUAGUGCUUAGUUUAAGGUAUAUUUUCACUUCAAUCGUGGUGGUAAUUAACUAAUCUGUAAGGUAACUUUAUUUUCUAUUCUGUUGCAAUAAUUUUGCAAAUGAUGCUGAAUGUUCCUAUUAGUUAGUAAAACGGUGUAAAUAUUAUUA